GUACGAGAUUUCGACGAAGCUCAAGCGAGUAACCACGGAGACGAGCAUAAACGAAUAAUAGAAAUGUCAUUAAUUGAACUAUGAAGUCAAAUAUUAGGAAACUGGUAUAUUACGAUGACAACUAAAACCCAGUCCAACAUGACGAAAAAUUCUUCUAAGCCCGUUCAAGUUCUUCUGCGAAGGCCAAUCGCCCCACCAAUUCCACCCAAGCCUGUUCUUCCAGAGAAACCCAAGACAGGAGCAACUUUGUUCCAGCCAUUCCAGAGUCAGAGUAUUCCAUCUUUCCUAGAGCUCAGUCAGGAAUUCAGCGAGCACCACCAGCUUCUAGCUCCAUCACUGCCAAGCGAUGCCCAGUCCGUGUCAUCCGAUCUUAACGAGGAUGUGUACGCACCGCAGAACACACCACGGGCCAAGGAGAUGGUACGCUCCAACGAGAGCCCGUCCUUCCAAUCCACCGACGAAACUCCAGAUUGGAAGUUCAUCAUUGAAUCCCGCUAUAACAUGAACAAAGGAAACGCACAAGGAAGGACGCUUGAAUCGGACUCUCUUGUCAAACCGUACAAACCUCGCGGGCCUGAUCCGUUUCCGCUUCGGCAACCAAAGCAACCAUCAGAAAUUCGUCCAGAACUCCUCUAUGCGGACGUCGAUGACCCGAGGUUCUUUGAGAUACCAGAGUUCACUCUCAAUGACUUCUGUUAUGAUCUGUCAAGAGUCUAUGCCUUACCCAGGGAGAGAGUGAAGAAUAUUGUCUUCUCAAAACAAAACUUUAAGAAGAUGACAACACUUUUUGGGUCAUUCACAAAAGAGAAGAGACAAGAGAGAGUGAACACUGUGACCCUUAAAGGUGAAGAUAUCCCGACCUUUGAGAACCGAGUGCCUCAGCAUCAGAUCCUACUGGAGAUGGCAUGCGCCAUUGAAGAUCAGAUGAGACACCUGAUGUUAGAGGACGUCCAGAGUCAGCUUCAGAGCACAAAGUCAAAGAGGACACCUGGGUCUCCAGGGUCAAUGAGUGUCGAUGGGAAGUCAUUGCCUCCGCUCAGAAGAGACAAGGAUUCAUCAUUAUUCAGUGCUCCGGUUUCAAAAUAUUUUCAAGGAUCUCGGAGAUCUAAUGAACCCUUUGAUGGAAGUGAUUCUGAAACCCAGAUCAAUCCAUCGGAGCUUGCUCUCCUAGAAUGUCUCGUCAACGGAGGACUAGCACUCAGUUUGAAGGCGCAUUUCAUCUCCACCUUACCCCAACUCAAACCAAUCCUGAAAACCCUGACUUAUCUCAACUUGUCUUUCAAUGAUUUCAAGUCCAUACCGAUGAUAGUCUUUGACAUUGAGAAUCUUCAGAUACUGAAGCUGAGGAAUAACCCAAUCCGAGAGAUUCCCUAUGAGAUCGGUCAGCUUACCAAAUUAAGAACAUUGGUCCUUUCCUUCUGUAUACUAUCGGAAAUACCUCCUCCCCUGUUCACACUGCCUCUGAAGUACCUAGAUUUGUCCUACAAUAAGCUUACAUUCUUGCCAAAUGAAAUGAGACAUCUCAAGAGAUUACGAGCGCUAAAUCUUGAAGGUAAUCAGCUACCUGCUCUGCCGUGCGGGAUGCUCAAACUGAGAGAUCUUCACUACCUGAGGGUCAUCAAUAACUUCAUGCACCCCCUCUUAUGGAGAGAAAACUCCCAGAACAACCCUCAGAGGUUAUCUGACAUGGCAGCCCUGGUUUGUAAACAAGAGGGGCUGGACUGUGUAGAGGGACUACAUGAUUCACUGAUGGUCUACCUAAACAGCUAUACAACCUGUGACUGCUGCGGCGGGCCUCUCUAUGGCCCGGGGCUGCGCAUCAUCCGACCUUGUCGCCGGGCCUACGGGGUCAAGCAAGUCCCUUUCAUCUUUAUCUCUUGUUCUCCAGCCUGCCGUGAUUUCUUCAUGGUCAACACUCAGUCGCUGUCGGAUCUCCUCUAUGAAGACGAAUCGGACGAGGAGUUUGUAGUGGAGUAUUAGGGAUCAAAUGCAUUUCUAAUAAAGAGCAUACGGAUGAUGAUAUUGCUAACAUUAAGAAUGUGUACUGGAUGGCAUGUCAUGAAGUUGUUUACAAGUUAUGCAUAUGCAGAGCUGCCAGCUAUUAAGAAAAAGUCAUAAUUUUCACGAUUUUCAUGUCAAAUUACGCCAUUAGGCUUUUGACCUUGAUUAUUAUGCUUUUGAGGUAGAAUAGGUAUGUACACAUUUGAUACACACAUAGUAAUACAUUGCACAGUGGUGAAAUUUACUUGCCUGACUAGGCAAGCUAUAGUGCUUCACAAAAGUUAUGUAGCUCCCUUGAUGAAUAUUCCUGACAAUCAUCAUGUAGGGUUGGCGAAACUUGGCAUUUAUGCGUAUUGUACAUCUGUUCUAUAUUACCUCUGUGAAGAAAUUUAUAAUGCCACAUGGCACAUAUGAAAUUAAGAGUUUUAUCUCAGAAUUAUGACUUUGAGCUUCUUGAUACCUACCGUUUAGCUUUAAAUGUUAGCAGCUCUGAUUACUUUACACCAGACAAGCGGUCCUUUUUCUUGCUAAAUCAGAUUCUUGAUAAUUAGUAUUUCCAUCUACCCAGGAAGGUGUUUCACAAAGAUUUAAGUAUGACUUAGAGUCGCACUUCUUACACAAGAAUUGAACAAAUUUUGAAAGGUAAUCCUUCUUGCGCAUAUAUACAUGUGCGGAUAUAAAUCCAUAACUUAAAUUAGACACUUUUAUUUCAAUGUAAUUGAUGAACUCGUAUGAUAUCUGUGUUGUAUUCCUUUCCCUUCCUUGCAACUCCUCUCUUCCUGUUGUUUGUCUUUCUCUAUCCAUAUUUCUCCCUCUCUUUCUUUAUCCAUCUCUCUUCCUCUCUUUCUUUGAAUUGUAAAUACUACUGCUUUUUUCCCUUAUGACACCUGCUCUUAAUGUACAAGAAGUAUAUACCGGUAAAUGAUAAUCUGGACCACUAUACCAAUAUGUGUUAAGGAUAAUAUUUUACUUUCAAAUUCUUCUAACUUUGUUUAUUCUAACGUAAAAUUUUGCAGCCUUACAACUUCAUGUAUUUACCUCUUUCAUAAUGUUUGUACCUUCUUUUCUUCUGACUUUCUGCUCCACUCCUUCCCUUCACUCCCCCUCUCUUUUUCUCUAUCCCUUUCCACCCCCUUUUUCUCUAUCUGCCUCUCCUCCCCAUCUCUUUCCUUUCUAGAAUUCCGCAACACCAGAAGUUUCAAUACCAUACUUUAUCCGUAUUAUUCAUUUUGUAAUUAUCUUUGUUAUUGUUUGAAUAUAUUUUGUGUCUUUACAUGUAUUACCUUGUGAAUACAUCGCAAUUCGGCCUUAGCCGCGAUGAUGUCUUGAUUUUUAUUAAUAAACCAUUUUAUCUAUCUAUCUAUUUAUCUAAAUGCAGACGCGUACAUGAUAUGCUACGUGCAAUCUUAUUCAUCAAUACGCAGUAGUGCGCGCCCUCUUGGCAUGAUCUGACCAAUACUGGCAUGUGUUACAUACAGCGAACAACUAGACUUUUAAGUGCGAUCUAAGCCAUACUUAAAUCUUUGUGAAACACCCCCAGGUGAGGUACUUAUUCCUUGAAUGCUUUAGCACCUAUAAGAUACCAAGUAUCAAGCGGGGUAGGGUAUUAUGUAUUAGCUCUGCUAUUUACAUGUAAAUGGACCAUAUUAUUAUUAAAGUUGAAAUCCAAACUUUUUAGACAGAAAUUCUCAUCAAGUGUGUGAAUGCAAACUUUGGGGGGGGGGGGGGGGUUGUCUGGAUUUGAUAAAAAUAAAUAGAUAUCGAUUGCAAGGCCCCAUCUUACAAAGAGUUGUAAUAGAUUCCAUUAAAUCUCAAAAUGGGGAUUUAUCAAAAUUAAUAGUUAAGAAAUCGCCAUUUGAGUAUGAUUGGAAUCUAUCACAAGUCUAGACAGGCUUCUGUUAUGUAAAAAAAAAGAGGAAAAUGUACCGUAUCCCACUUACUCUGUGGAGAUGGUGGAGUGUAUUAGCUCUAAAUAAUGGUGUACAAACAUUGCAGCAGCCCUCACUGUGUGCAAGCUCCCUGCAAAACAGCACCCUAAGAGUAUGUUCACCUGGCUACAGCAUUAUAUUAAAUGUCUAUAUAAAUUUCUACCAGGGGACAGUGUUUUGUCAAAUCUAAUGUAUCCUGUGUGGCAUGAUGAAAACAAUAUAUUUUUUUGUUCAUACAGAUUAUGUAAGAACCUUGUUUGGCAUCGUUACCGCAACUGCCAUUUAUCUUUAAUUGGAUCUAUCAAAACUUUUUGUAAAGCAAUGCUCAGCUGUUAGUUACUAGUACAUGGAUCAGUAAAAGUCAAUAUUACAUAGGUUAUGUAGAUUCAAAUCAGUGAUAGGUCAACACGCCACCACGUGACCAUAGCUGCAAGGAUCGCAUUUGUUAUAUUAUAGGUUUUGAUUUCACCUCCGUGAACAUAACUGGGUCGUAUUGAAAACUGCGGCAUUAUAUUCACUAAGGUGACAUCACUCGCUGCUUCAGAUAAGUUGCAAAAUUAGCUAGUUUAUUUGAUGUACGCGCUUGUGUUUAUGCAUCAACUGCAUGAAGAACGCGCUCGCUGUAUUUUUCCACAAAAAAAUAUAUUAUGACGUAGAUGGAUCAGAGCUGCAGCAAGCAUUUCGAGUUAAUCAUAAAGCCAAAUGAUGAAUGCAGUCUCAGAUGUCAAAUCUACUAUACAUGUAUAAUAUAACAGAUAUUUCCUGGUCUAUCUUUUCAAUAUAUAACAUUUCAACUCCCCUCAGAAGGUAUACUUUUCCCUCGGGAGAAUAUUUUCUGCGAGUGCUUUGGGCAAAAUAAAAUCCCUUGGGGAAAAAUAUAACUCCGUCUGGGAAAUGAAAUGUUAUAUUCAAAAUCUAGGUAGGCAAUAUCUGUAUACUAUCACAAGACCAAAUGCUUCAGUAAUCUGUGGAGCGUUGUGGCCCAGUGGAUUAGUCUCCGGAAUUUGAAACAAAGGGUCGUGGGUUCAAAUCCCAGCCAUGGCGUAGUUUCCUUCAGUAAGAAAUAAAUCCACAUUGUGCUGCACUCAACCCAGGUGAGGUGAAUGGGUACCUGGCAGGAAUUUAUUCCUUGAAAUGCCAAGCGCGUAAAAGCUGCUUGAGCUACAGCCAGGGUAAUAAUAUCCAAGUCCUUUGGUAGCGCAUAGAGACGUUAUUCAUAAUGUGUUAUGCGCUAUACAAGAACUGACUUAUUAUUAUUAUUAUUAUCCUCCCCAGAUCUUUAACACAAAAUGAAUGGUGCAUAAACAAGAAAAUAAAAAUCUAUUAAGACCUGUAUACUUCACUUUCAGAUUAAAUAUAUUUUAUUAGAAAUAUUCUUUGGAAAUUUGUAGUUCAACAGAAUUCACAAGACAUAUCUAUGCAAUAAAUCAAAUAUCAAAUAAAUUUAUGCAAUUAAGCUUAAUUAUUAAAGUUAUUUUCACACACAACGUUACAGGUACAUGUAUACAUGUAAAAUAAUUUUAUCAGUCAUGAAAUUGUAUUAUUGAAUACAAAGAUAAUUAUUACUUUUAUUCAUUUUAAUGCUAUGUAUUUCAUUUUAAUGUAUUGUUUCACUUUAAUUCAUAUGUAAAUGCAUCACAAUUCACCACACAAUUCGCCAUGAUGUAUGAUUUUUAUCAAAUAAACCAUCUAUUUAUCUGUAAUAAAUCGAUUCAACAGAUCAAAAUUUAAUCAAGUCUAUUUAUGAAAGGCCAGUUUAUAGUUAAAUGGGGAAUUCAACCUUGCAAUAAAAUGAUUGAUUUUUGUGGAAGAAAAUUAUCAGCAAAAUGAUUAAAGUUUGAAAGAGAUCAUACCAGGAAUAAGAAAAUUAUGAUUGUUUCUCAAUGAGAUCACUAAGCCAAUGUACAUCCCAAAUUGGCAACUUGGAGAAGAGGCCAUUCUUUUAUUCAUCAUGUACUCGAUUAUCAGCAAUGUUUGGAUUUCUUCUGAACACAAAUAACCCUCAUCAAUCAAAACAAAACCUUGAUAGUAUUCAUAUAUGUUCUCAUCAUUGUGAGUUUGAAGAUAGGAAAAGGGUGCCAUUUUAUUAAUGCAGUGUCUCUAUCCUCAUCACAAUGAAACAACCUGUACAUCCGUAUUGAAUUCUACAUAGAUGAAAAAGGUCAUUAUUUUAUAAAUUUCUCCAAACUUUCAUCUAUCUGCUUGACAAAUUUUUCUCCUUUUUUUCCUUUCAAGAACUUUCCAAUUGGGGGUGGAUUCCCCUUUAGAAACAAUUUAGCACAUGAUUGAAAACAAAUGGAAGAGAGUCAAAUCUUAAGAACUAUGCAGACUGUAUUUGAACCAAAAAUAUAUAUUUAUUCAUAUAUAGUGUAGAAUGUAUAUUUUAUUGUAUAUUUUGAUGUACACAUAAUGUAUAUAUAAUAAAUGUAUAUAGCAAUGUUUAUAUAUUUCAAAGUACAAAUGAAUAUGAAAUUUAAAAAUGUGAAGCACAAUAAAUCAUACCCUGCCGAUCAUAA